CUCAUCUCCUAACACGGAGAGGUUGUGUUUAAAGAUUACAGCAGUUUUAAAACAGAUUUAUCCUGUGUUGUUACGUGUAACCUUGAACUCAGUGAUGUGAAUUGUUAUCGUCAACAUUUAUUUGAGUGUUUGGUUUAUUUGUUAUUUGUGUUAAUAAUGGCGCUAGCAAUAUGUCUUUUCUUAGGCCUUCUACUGAGUUCGUCUUGUGAGGCCUACAAAGCGCUGGUGGUGUUUGGAAUGCCCUCAAAUAGCCACUUUAAUCUUGGCAAUGGAGUUGUUAGAAAUCUGUUAAAAGAUGGUCAUGAGGUAACAUACGUCACUCCUAUUGAAUAUAAGAACCCUCCACCAAAUCUUCGGCAGAUCGAUGUGAGCAGCAAUUUUAAUGCCUUACCAUCGGACAAAAUAAACAUAAAGAUUUUGAUGGAAGCCCCCACGCCUAGUGGUCAUCGGAAGUUCGUGAAGAUGUUAAUGAUUAAUCUGGUGAAGAAAACUUUGGAACAUGAAAAUAUACAGAGGCUGUUGAAUGAUACCAAUGAGCACUUUGAUGUCGUUAUCGUUGAGCAUAUGUUCUCGGAUCUUAGUGCAGGCUAUGCUACGAUAUUCAACUGUCCUCUAAUCUGGGUGAGUCCUGUAGAAGUGAACUCACUCUCGAUGGGUUUGGUCGAUGUUUUACCGAACCCUGCUUAUACUUCUGAUGCUUUGUCAUUAUAUAUGCCACCAUUUAAUUUCCUGGAGAGAUUGGAAGAGCUAUGGAUAAGAAUAACCGAUGAAUACAAUGACUACAUGGUUUAUGAGCCAUUGGAGGCAGCAGAAUAUGAAAGGUUAAUUAUACCUCAAAUCCAAAAGAGAGGUCGGCAAGCUCCACCUUACAGUGAAGUCCGAUUUAACGCAUCUCUAGUGUUAGGUAACUCACAUGUGUCUAUUGGUCUGCCCCUGGGCUUGCCACAGAAUUACAAGUCUAUAGGAGGCUACCACAUCGAGGAAGAAGUCAAACCAUUGCCUGAGGACUUGGAAAAGAUAAUGAUGAAUGCCAAAAACGGGGUCAUAUAUUUCAGCAUGGGUUCCAACUUGAAGAGCAAGGACUGGCCAGAAGAGAUCAAACGUGAUCUCCUUAAAUUAUUUGGAGAACUAAAACAAACUGUGCUCUGGAAAUUUGAAGAAGAAUUGCCGAAUGUGCCGAAAAAUGUUCAUAUUUUGAAAUGGGCGCCGCAGCCCAGCAUUUUAGCUCAUCCAAAAUGCGUGCUAUUUAUCACCCAUGGAGGGCUUUUGUCUACUACAGAAACUAUUCAUUACGGUGUUCCGACCAUUGCCAUUCCUGUCUUCGGAGAUCAGUUCAUCAAUGUCAAGAAAGCCGUAACUAGAGGUUUUGCUCUGCAAGUUAAGCUGUCUUACUCAUUGGCAACCGAUUUAAAAGUGGCGAUUCAAGAAAUGUUGCAUAAUCCUAAGUACAGACAGAGGGUAAAGGAGCUAUCCUACAUCUACCAUGAUCGUCCAGUGAAGCCGGGAGCAGAACUACGUCACUGGGUCCAGCAUGUUGUGAACACGCGUGGUGCUCCUCACCUGCGCUCUCCUGCUUUACUCGUGCCACUAUAUCAACGACUGUACCUAGAUCUAAUAGCCCUACUAUUAGUCAUUCUUCGAGUUCUUUAUGUUCUGCUUAGGAAUCUGUACCGUCGUAUUAAGUCCAAGCAGACUGUAAAUAAUACGAAAAAGGAUAAGAAGAAUUAA